UUCGUGAUCCGUCAAACACUGUAACUGUAGCCCACUUAGUUGCAUCCAAGUAUAGCAGGAAACUGGGAUAUGUGUCUGCAUUUUCUGUGCUUCCAUACAGAAAUGUUGCUCUGACAAGAAUACCGUGUGGGCCGGUUUAUGCUGACAUAUCAGACCAGGUCAACAUCACCUUUUAAGAGGUUUGUUUUUCUUCCGUAUGAACACAGUUCAAGGUUGGUCCCCAAACUCACUAAAUUCCAGAAAAAAGGUUCAUUUAAUUUGUUUUUGUGUUCAUAUUUUUAGAAGUACCAUUUCAUUUUUUUGUGUUCAUAUUUUUUGGUUGUUGUGAUUGAAUGUUAUCUAAGCUCCAAGUAAGGUCAGUGUUUGCUAAUAAAAGUUGCUUUCUUGGUUUUGUCAUGGGAGUCAUUGGUACUAAUAAGUAAUAACACUGCUACAACAACAUUAGUUACAUUACCUAAGUUAAAAUCUCAAAAGAAUUGUGUCGGCUGCAUGAACUGUAAAGUCAUCCGUACCUGUUACGUGUGACAUGUGUGAUCGAAUCCUUUUCCUCCACUCACUUCUAUCAAAUUAAUGCAAUCAAUAUGAUCGUCCCAGAUGUCUAGUUAUUGCAUGUUUUUUUUGUUUUAAUCCUUUUCCAUUAAGAUCAUUAUUGGUCAACCUUAACUUCUUUUAAAAUCUUCAUUAUCUCAACUUUCCAUGAUAUGCAGUGUGCAACCAUCAUCAGUUAUUUUUACUUGCCAUGGUAGGGUUUCCAGGCCUACUUCAUAAGAUAUUGUAGUGGUUAAGAUCUCAAACCUAAGCUAUUUAUUUCAUAGGUUAGUUUAAAAAUGAACUGACUGAAUUCUUUUUCUUGAAUCCUUAAAGAUUAUGCUCUUUGUACUAAUGCAAAAGUUAUCAGUUGGAAUGAUGACCUAAGCUAGCAAUUACUGUGAAAUUCUAGGAAACUACUCACUUUGUUUUUCUCUCUCGCACACAAGAACAUAACACACUGAUCAAUGUACUAUUGUAACAUUAAUCAAAAGAGACUUGCCUUCCUUUAGUUGCUUAUAAUUGUAAUUAAUUAGUAAACAAUAGGACUUCUAUUAGUUCCAGGCUAACCACACAUAACAAUGUGUAGUUUACUCUCAUUUUAUUAAGAAGGAUAGAAAACAAUCAAUUAUUUUCUCUCUUCUAGAAAUCUCUAACUUCCAUAAAUCUAUGCCUUAGCUGUAUGGUCCUUUGGUUUACAAUUUUCUUGAGAACUCUUCACAUCUUGAAAUCUUCCCAGUUUCUUCUUAUAUUCUCCCUUCACAGUGGAUAUGUUUGUUACUGCGCCAAAACAAGUUUACAGUUAAUUGAAUUCUUCAUGAAAACGGGUAUAUAUGAGCCUCCACGAGAAGACGAAUUUACAGUUAUCAAUGAUUUUAUUAUGUCAUAAAAAAAGUUGUCAUCUUUCUAAGUAUAAUAGUUGUUUAUGAUCGGAGUUCUUAUGAUACCCAACUGAAUGUUGUUAAGAUAGUCUUAAACAGAAUGUUGUGGAGAGUGUGGGAAUAACCUAGCCAUUACAAAGGGGCCUUUUUUAAAUUAUACUCGUACAUGAUAUUGUUAAUUACUACGUAUAAGGUUCCUAUACUGUACCAAUAGAAGGGAAUAUAUAAUCCAUGAGGAAUUGAGGAUAUAAUUAGAGAAGGAAGACUUACUAAGGUACUUCUUAAUGUCAGUGUUACACUGUUACCUAAUACGUGGAACGAGUACGUGGGCGCAAUUCACUGCCUAAGUACGUUGAAUUAGCCCAAAAUUGUUCCACAGUACGAGUACGCGCGUUAUAAUACGCGCGUUCUCAAUACGCAAUUCGUGGGAACUGGUGUAUUAGGUAACACUGCUUAUUAUCAUUAUUUGAUCCAUUGGACUUCACCUUGGGCCGUUCUUUAAUCUUUAGUGAGUAAGACAGAAAUCAAGCCCAUUAAGGAGCUUCAGGAAAAGUGGCUUUAUCAUUAGUUAAGCAGUUGAGCUCACUCCAAAUAAAAGGGGACAAAAUAUAAAAGACAAAAAGGAGGUGAAAAACAGGAAAUGCUUGCCUAGAAAUUACUUUUCUUUAGUUGAAAUUGAUUAGGUAGUAGAGAGGAGGUAUGUGGGGGGUCCAGGUCUGGCUUUACUUUUCUUGCUAAAAUGGUUGUUAAAUAAAGAGUCUUGAGCUAUAGGCUAAACGAACAAAAACUCUUCAUUUAACAACCAUCUUAUAAUCUUAGUAUUAAUCUUGACGAUCAUGAUUAUAAUUGUAAAUUUAACAUAUUACGAUCCACAGAAAUGUUUUUUCUUAAAAAGAGAUCAAGGAAUGAUACUUAUUUGUCUCUAUUGAGUUUUGUUUGUCAAAGUCAAAUGUGGCGUAUUUUUUAACGUAGAAUUUACAUUGGUUAUUAUUCCGAAAGUACAUCCUGGAAAUCAUGGGAAAUGAAUUGAAGUCCAAGGCCAAGAAAUUAUUUGGAAAGAAAAAUUAAGGCAGAGGUGGGAAGAGAGAUUAAUUGAAGCCAUCCUUUUCUUUUCUUGGAGAAGGAAAAAGGUUUCAAUGUUAAGCAAGUUGGCUUUAUCUUAUGCUUAUCUUUUAAUGGCAACUAAUUUGUAAACAAGUUACCACCCUUUCCUUAUUUCUCUUCUUUAAAACAUUCUCUCCUGAAAACUCUCUUUCUCUUUCUCCUUCUUUCUCUCUCUCUAUCCCUCCCUUAAAUCCUUGUUUUCAUUGGAGUAUUUUCUAGUCAAAAAAAUUCUGGGGAAAAUAUAAAACAGGACUUAUGUGGCAGAAGCAGCAGCCUAGCAAAUCUUCCUACAGAGAAUCAAUCAAAGCUCUUGAAGCUGAUAUACAACAUGCCAAUAAUCUGGCAGCUUCUCUUCCAAGGGACUAUUGUGGGGAUAGUGUUCAAAUGAAACUAUCUUACAGUCCUUUGGCACCCUUUUUCAUAUAUUUGAUAGAAUUGAUGGAUUAUAGUUGUACAGAUACCCUCCCUACUUUUUUGGGACUGCAUCACAUUUUAUUAUACAAGGUAUAUGUUGAUGGAAUGCCAACAAUGUCAUCCCAAGAAAAGAAGGCUUCUUUAAGGGAAUUCUAUGCUGUUAUAUACCCGUCGCUUAUGCUGUUAGAAGGUAAUCUGAUUGAAUCAGAAGAAGGUAAGAAAAGAACUCGGAGCUCGGAUAUUUUGAGCAGAAAUAGAGUAGAUGACAAGAGGAAACUUCUGGAUGAUGAUUUCGAGAGGGAUGAUGAGUGCGGGAUUUGCAUGGAGCCUGGCACGAAGAUGGUGUUACCCACCUGCGGACAUUCCUUAUGCAUUAGUUGCUUUCAGGAUUGGAGUUCAAGAUCGCGGUCCUGCCCAUUCUGCCGGGGAAGCCUAAAGCGGGUUGACUCUAAAGACCUGUGGGUUCUCACGAACAACCACGAGGUUGUUGACUCGAUCACCAUAGCAAGAGAGAAUCUAACCCGUUUCUACUUAUACAUUGAAAGCCUUCCACUUGCAACACCUGAUGCCCAUUUCUUCAUGUAUGAUUACAUGAUAUAAGCUGCAGUACUUAAGAAACAGCAUAAUAAGCAACUACUACAAAGUGUAAAAGAAGCCGACCAUUGAUUGUAUAUAGUGUCUGGUAUCAACAACUGUAAACAUAAUCAUAAGAUAUGAUGUUCGUGACCUGAUUGGUACGCGACUGCUGUUCGUGUUCUGACUUCAGAGGAAGGUGUAGAUAUUCAUGUUGCAGAAGAUCAUCUGUAACCUAGUGUAGAAGCAAGUAAAGGUAUGCUUGAUUGACAUUCAACCGUGUUCCUGGCCUUUUAGAAUCUGGGAAUUGAAGGGAUUGUCAAGUUAAAAGUAUAUUGUAUAAUAUCUGGGUUUUGCCCCCCCUCAAUAAUUUGAUGAAAUUUGUACUGUUGGGGUUGCUCAUAUGUUAUCUUUUUAAUGACUAAUGUAAAUGAAAUGAUCAUUGACUUGGACUAGUUA